AUGGCUUCUGCAAUACCUACAGUCAUGACAACCCUUGCCCCCUACCACAUCAUUUCCUACGCGACGCUGCUCGGCACCUCGCUUUUCCAAACCUUUACAUUUCCCCCUUCCGGUCCGGCGUCCCUAUUCAAGGCAAAGAGCGACUGGAUUCCUGUUAUGGUUGCGGGAAUAACGUCCUUGGCGAACCUGCUUAUCUACGGACCGAAGACGAGACAGGCGAUGAUCGAUCGGACUCAUCAAGAAACUCGUGAUGCGAAACGUCCUGGGGAUGUCGAUGAGCCUAGCCCAGACAUGGUUGCUGUCAGGAGACGAUUCUCAAUCAACCAUGCGAUGAGCAUCCAUCUAAACCUCAUUGCCAUUGCUGCCAUGUUGUGGUACGGUUUCAGACUGGCGUCUCGGAUUCACAUUGAGGUUGACUCAUGA